AUGGCUGCUGCCAUCCUUCCGCACCAGCCAACAGCGGCUUCUGCCAUCGCAGAGCACCUGUCGACUCCGCCAACACUCACACGUAUCCCUUUGCUCCGCCAGCGAAUCCAGAAGGAGCGCACGCAGCUCCAGCAGACCCUCUCGCAGCGCGCAAAGGAACAGGUCGACCUCGUCAAGGAGGGACUUGCAGGGCUGAGGGAUGCCAAGAACGCGACAGAGUCGCUCAAGGAGCAGGUCAGGGAGGUCGAGCACCAGAUGGGAGACCCGCGCGGGCAGAUUGACGGCUUCGGGAAGCUCGUCGAGGUCUCGAUUGUCCACCGACGGCUGACGCAGACGCUCGAGAUGAUCGAGUCGCUCCGUUCCAUGUACUCGCGCCUCUCGCACCUGUCCGACCUGCUCUCCGCCGACCGAUCCGACCCACUCGGACCGUCGCCAAACCUCCUCCCGAUUCACUACCACUUGACCGAGCUCGAGACGUUUCGAAACGAGACGCUCGCGCAGGCGAAACGGGCGGCGUCUAGCGCUGCACCUUCGACAGUCGCGUCGCCCGACCCAUCCGCACCGGCCUCUCAACAGCUCGCGAGCGGCUCGACGACGCGCGAGACGCUCGAGCGGUACUUUGAGCGACUAGGCGAGACGAUGGAGGCGUUCGAGGCGCACUACUUCCACCUCGCGCGGGAGUUGCUCGAGCUCGCGCGGAACGGCAACGCAGCGGUCGCUGUAAAGCUGUGCAAGAUCGCCGAGCUCGAGGGUGCGCGGGAUCAGAAGGCGAUUGCGAUCCGGAUGGUGAAAAAGGCGGGAAACGUCGAUGUUGCGAGCAGGUUCAGAAGCUUGCAGGCGGAUGCGCGGACGAUCAAGCACUACCGAAGCAAGGUCCUCGAUGCGAUCCGUGAGGGGUGCAGGACGAACGUCGAGAAGAGCUUCAGGCGGGCGGGCGAGGACGGCGUCCGGUGGGUCGAGGAGCUCGAGUGGAUCUACGAGGAUGUCUUGACGGUGCGGGACGCGCUCGUCGACAAGUUCCCCGACGACUGGAAGAUCGAGCAGGUCUACGUCAAAGGCUACCACAAGGCGCUCUACGACUUUCUCGCGACAUACGUCAAGUCGGGUCCCGAUGCCGCGACGCUCCUCCGCCUCUCCCAGUUCACGAAGGAGUAUCACAAGACGAUGACUAAGGAGCUCGGCGUCGACCCUGACUGGCUCAAGCCGGUCCUGCUCGACGGCAACGAGUCGCGCCUCAUCGACGACUAUUUCGCUGUCAUCACGAAGAAGAUGGACGAGUGGACGGCCAACCUCAUGAAGACCGAGGUGUCGGACUUUGUCUCCCGCGAGCAGGCGCCCGAGGUGGAUCCAGACGGCUACUACGGCAUGCAAGGCGCCGUCAUCCUCUUCCAAAUGCUCAACCAGCAGGUCGACCUCGCGCUCGACUCGAACCAGGCCUCGGUCCUCUCGCGCGUCGUCGACGAGGCGAACCGGGUCAUGCGCGGCGUGCAGGCGCAGUGGCUCAAGCUCAUCGACCAGGAGUACCGCCGGCACGUCAACGCGUCCGAGAAGGGCACCGACGAUGUCCCUGGCGGACUCGCCGAGUAUGUCAUGGCGCUCGCGAACGACCAAAUCAAGUCGGCCGACUUUACCGAGGCGCUCAACAACCGCCUCGAGCCACUCGUCAGCGCCAAGUACAAGACGGCGAUCGCGGACAAGCUGAACGACGCGAUGGACGGGUAUCUCGACGUCGCCAAGCGUUGCGUGCAAGUCCUCAUCGACAUCGUCUUUCACGACUUGCGACCGGCGACCAAGGUCCUCUUCCAGGCGAGCUGGUACACGGCGCAGCAGGACGGGUCGGACCCGAUGCAGCAGAUCGUCGAGACGCUCAAGGACUACAUGGUUGACGACUACCAGGCGCACCUAAACCCGAACCUGUUCGACCUCCUCAUCGAAGACAUCCUCGACACGUUCCUCAUCACGUACCUCACCGCGAUCCGCCGCGCGGGCAAGAUUCGCGUCCCGCAGGCGUGCGAGCGCAUGCGCAGCGACAUCGACCUCGCGUUCGGCUUCUUCCUCCAGUACAAGCCGAAGCAGGAGCUCGUCAGCUACUUUGACGUCCUGGAGAGCGUCCUCACCCUGAUGAGCGCGAGCAAGAUGAUGGUCUUCCUCGACUACUGGCCAUUCCGCAAAAAGUACGGCCCGAACCUCGCCUUUACCGAGCAGCUCAUGAAGGCCCGCGACGACCUCGACCGAUCCGCCGUCUCGGACAUCAUGGACAGCGUCAAGCGCAAGGUGCAGAGCGAGAAGGUUGAGCAGCCCGACCAGCCCAGCAUCUUUGACCGCCUGCCGCCCAAGUAG